AUGACAGGACCUGCUGCUUUGAUCACUCUGUACGUGGAAGCCAUUAACACUCCUGGUACUCUUCCAAACGUGCAGUCCGCAUGGGAAACGUUCGUGGAAGCAAAAUGUAUUGACGCCAGAAAUGUAGCUCUGAAUAUUUUGUAUGCGAGAGUUUUUGUCCAGUAAGCUCCCGUGUGAAAAUGUGAAAUUCGCAAGGUGAAUAAUGAUUCGUUAGAAGAAUGUCAACGACAGGUUAUGGCCGAAACCACUGGCAUGUCCACAAUAAGAACUUAAAAGUGUUUACGGUUAUUAAUGGUAAAGUUUUAAUGUACUCUUUGAUAUCAUUAAGGAAUGGGUGGAAGAAAUAACGUGAGAAAAAAAAAAACAAUAAAAUAUAGAUAAUGAUAAUGACAAUAAUACUGAUGAUAAAAACUUUGGUAAUGAUAAUGAUGAUGAUGAGGAUAACGAUGAUGAUGAUGAUAAUGAGUCAAUAAUAAAGUUGCUUGAAUAAUAAAGAUGCUUGUCCCGAUUACUGGAUAAGAGCAAUAACAUCAGGGGUACAUUAUGUACGUAUCUGUGUUGAAUUUCAUCCAAAUGUCGCGAGUUUUCCCCACAUUUACUUGCCUUUCAGGAGGUAGCUUGUGUGUUAACCCUCUGCGUAGAAUUUCGUCUGAGUUCUUCUUCUUUCUUGAUGGAUUCUUUUAUUCAGCAAUCGUCGAUCCAGAAAUUGACUGAAUGGCAGACUGAGAA